AUGCUCGUUCUAUUGGUACUGAGUUUAGCUCUAUCGCAAAUUCAUGGUGAAUUGAUUAUAAAACCAAGUCAAACUUUGUUAACAAAAGAUCAACAUAAAUCAUUUAUUGCUUUAUGUACUGAUCAAUCGGAGAGCCGAGCUUUUCUUUGGCGAUCGCCGCAACAAAAAGAUGUACCUGAGAAUAUCUUUGAACGUGUUACUGUUGAACGACAAACUAAUGGAAUUCGAUUACGAAUUAGAAAUUUAACAAUUGACGAUCAAGGUACAUGGGAAUGUAUUGGCACAAAUGAGAAUGGUGAACAAACAAAAAAAUCAUUACAAAUGACUGUUAAAGUUCCUAUCACUUUCCAUGGGGAUUCUAUGCAAUAUGUACCAUUCGGAGAAUCGGUUACUAUCAAGUGUUAUGUUCAAGCAAAUCCAAUAGCAGAAGUUUCUUGGUUUCGAGGUCAAGAUAAAUUACGAAUCGAAAAUCCAAAUUAUGAAGUUGUUCACGACGGUUUACAUAUAAAACAGGUUAACAUGUCCGACAAUGACAUAUUCUGGUGUCGUGGUGAUGUUCUUGAAACAGGCGAAUCUCGUGAUUAUCCAAUAUCUGUUAUUGUAUCAAAGCCAAUUAGCGAAACACGUAUUACUUGUGUUAAUCCAUGUGCUAUUGAGAAAAAAACAGCAACACUAACGUGUGAAGCAUCCGGUUUACCGUCGCCGAGAUAUUCAUGGUUCUAUGGAUCGGUGGAUGAAUUAAGACCCGUUAAAGAAUCACCUGUUGGCGCGAGUGAAGUACCGAAAUUUGUCGUACGUGGAAAUCAAUUGACGAUAAAUUAUGUCGAUGAGACUGACAAUGGAAAAUAUUCAUGUCAAGCAUUCAAUGAAUUUGAUCGAAAAGGACAACGUGCUGAAUAUAAUUUAAAUGUAGUCGUUCCACCUCGUCUAUCAUUAAUUCCACCGAUUGAACUCAACCUUGAUAGUCAGCAUGCACAACGUGUCUCAUUUCAAUGUCGAGUUGAACGUGGUUCAUCGAAUAGCCUCGCAUUAGAAUGGCAAUAUAUUAAUCAUACAUCGAUUCAACCAACAAAUGGAAUACUUAUUGAUAAAACUCAAUAUGAAACACAUAAAUCAAUUGAACUACGUUUUGAUCCUGUUCGUCGAGAACAUUUUGGAAAUUAUUCAUGUGUUGCAAAAAAUCUUGCAGACAGUACCUAUGCAACAGCAAGUCUUCUUAUUCAAUUUCAACCAGUUUAUAUUGGACCAAAUACGAAUAUUGUUACAACAAUUCCAAAUUAUCGUUCAAUUAUGCGUUGUCAAUUCGAAUCUUAUCCAUCGCCACAAAUGCAAUGGAUUAAACUGAGUCGAACAAUACAAGAUCCUCAAGGACGAACGCUUGCCGUCGGUAUUGAUAAUGGUGUUAAUGAUAUAACAACAAAACAAAUCGGAACAACACUUUAUGAAAGCGUUCUCUCAUACACUCCAACAGAAGCUGAUUUUGGUUUAAGUUUUGAAUGUCGAGCAUUGAAUCCACGUAUUGGUCGACACUCGUUUACAUUGCAACGUGCACAACCACCGAAAAAAAUCAAUAUAACUCAUGUUAAACCAUCAUCAAGCGGUGUAGAAAUUUUUUUUCAAUCAUCUGAAACUGAUGAUCUUCCUGUUAUACAAUAUAUUCUGAAAUAUGAUAUACAAGACGCAAAAGAAAGUCAACUACAAACCUUAAUUAUUCCUGCACAAAAAUCGACUAAGCAAAUAAGAAUUGAAAAUCUUCGACCAAGUACAAAUUAUCAAUUACUAAUUGUUGCCGAAUCACGGGCUGGCGUUGGCCAACAAGCAGGACCGAUACAAUUUCGAACACUUGAUAGACAAAUACCAGAUUUUACAAUAGACGAAAAUAUAAAUAGAACUUGUUUAAGUGAUGAAAGUUGUUUAGUCUCAUGGAAUAUUGAAUCAGAUGGCGGAGCACCCAUUCUUCGAACAGAAAUACUUUAUGCAUUGGCAAAAGAUGAUAGUGGUCUAGAUAUUGACGGAGCAAUAAGUACACCAAUAUCAAUCGAUUCAUCAACAACUGAAUAUGAAUUAACUGGUUUGAAACCCGAUACAAACUAUGUUGUUAUAAUAAAAUUAUAUAAUGAAGUUGGUGUUGCCGAACAAAAGUUUCGUAUCAAAACAAAUCAAGAAAGUAAUGAAUAUAAUACAAUGCGAAGAAAUUCAUUAGUAACAGAUGAUAGAAAAACUCAACCAAGCAAAUGGAUUAUUAUUGCAAUCAUAAUAGCGAUUAUUUUUUCAGCUGUAAUUGUCGUUACUGUGUGCGUUCUACUACGGCUAUUCCGACUUGAUGCUAAACAUGAAACAACAAAUUCAGACCAUCAGACAACACCAAUGAUGAAUGGUGACCAUCAAUCAGAUAAAACAAAUGUUUAUACCAAUGGCCAUUCACCAUCGAUAAAGUAUAAGAAAUCAAAAUCAACUUGUCGUCAAAUAUAUGCUAAUGAUGAUUCUGUAUAA